AUGCUGGAGCUCACGAAUCUCGAAAACCGCGUAAAUAUCGCCGCUUGGCGCUCGCAGAAUCUCGGCGCAAGGAGAGGCGCAUUGGAAACCAACAAUAUGCGGAUCCGCUUUGAAGUGUCGUUGGACAACACAGGCGAAGUGGACUUCAAAGCGUUGUCAAGGAGGUCAUUGGAGUCGACGACGGUGUCGCCGCCGCCACCGAAGGCCAUCGACAUGUCGGAAUGCAAAGAUGACGACAUCGAUCCCAACGUUGUAGAUUUGACCGACGACGAGCCUGGUACUGUCCCGUCCGCUGCGACGCCUGUCGUUGCCGAGGUUCCUGCUGGUCCACCGUCACUUCCACCUCCAUCGUCGCCUACCCCAUUGCCACCACGGGGCAAAUUCAACAUCAUUGAGCACUUGGAGCAACGGUAUGGCAAAGGCGGCAUCCUCGAUAUCAAGGGCAAGGCCACUCCAGUUCGAAAGCAUGUCGACGACGACGACCUGUACGACUCGGAAGACUCGUUCAUUGACGACUCGGAUCUCCACGACUCGAUCGAAAACACAUACAUGCAAAGCACCGUCAAGACAAAGCACAGCGGCUUCUUUGUCAACGCCGGCGACAACAUUGAGACAGUCAAGGACCCGUCGCACAAGGGACAUGGACCGUCGUCGACGGCGCAUGCGUUGGCUUUGGAUAGGGGGAGCGACGACGAAUCGCCCAAGAAGAAGACAAAGAAGUCCCUCCACGACGACAUGUACUUGGAUGACGACUGGCAGCCUGGUCCGGACGUCGACGCGCUCGUCGCCAAGUUCAAGCUCCAAGCGUCUGAAUUUUUCAGUCAAAAUAAUCCACCGCCCAAGCUGUGGCCGCCAGCGCUUGACGAAGGGCUGCGGGAAGUGGACAAGGUGGUCGUGGCGGCGCACCCGCAGCGGUGGCGCGUGAAUGGCUACAUGGGGCAUCUCAUGGGGUUUUUGCCGUACACAAAGACCACCCUCCGUGCACGCAUGAUCAUGCUGGAAGCGCGGGACAAUGCCGCAGAGAUCAAGUUGAAAAUCGACGACCAGUUCACGGCGUUUCAAUCCCAAGUGGCAUUACGUGCAGCCCAAGUCGAAGCGGGACCAACACGACUGACCACGGAGCAGAUCAAAGAAGUUGUGAUGGCAGAUGGACCGUUGGCCGAGGCAGUGUUCUUUGCAUUGACGACGUUGGAUGAGUGGGUUGUGAAGGAGAAUGAAUACCGACCCUUGCUCAAGCAAGAUGACAAGAAGCAACUGGACGAAGCAGACACUGUGGCGCUGACGACUCAGAAAGAACGAAAUCGCUUGUACAACAAGAUGGUGGCGAGCCUCCCUGCGAGUUUGACCAACGUGGUGGACCUUGCCGGCCUCCGAGAGCUGUUCAAGUUGGGCCGCAAGAGCAGCGGUCACAAGGUCACGACCCCCCACGCAACCCCCACGACCAAGAAAGCAGCCGUAUCUGGCAAACGAACUACGAAGACGCCGCCGACAGCCAAGGUAUCCAAAGCCAAGGAAGCCGCCGACCCUGCUACAACCAAACCCCCGCCAGUGGCCAAGAAAGCCGCCAAGCCCCCUAGGUCUCGGCGGUUUGAAACGUGUCCCAUCUGGUCCCCUGAGGACUUUGUAGAACGAGUUCCUAGCUUAAUCCCAAAGAACCAAUGACGUGGUCAAUCCAUAUUCAUCUGAACUGGA